AUGAACGAGCCACCUGGUUCUCGUGCUCAUGUUGGACUUACUGGACUCACUGUCGCUGAACACUUCCGUGAUGCUGAAGGACAGGAUGUGCGUCUUUUCAUUGACAACAUUUUCCGCUUUACUCAAGCAAACUCAGAGGUGUUUGCUUUGGUUGGUCGUAUCCCAUCUGUUGUUGGUUACCAACCAACAUUGCUCUUCUGUCCGGUGCUUUGA